AUGAGCUUCAGCAGUGGUAGCGCUGCUGGCAGCAACUGCCUGGCAGCACUCGGUGAAAUGGAGCAAAUAAUCUGCCAGCUGGAACGCGGAACCCUGAUACAGAAGUUUUAUCCCCGGAAGCGGCCGGAAAAGAAAACGCUUAUGCUACGCCGGGAAACGCGCCAGAUCAUAUGGUCCCCUGUGCAGACCAACGGGCGCAGCAGCUACGAGGGUUCGCUGGAGCUGCGGGAGGUCAAGGAGGUUCGGCCAGGCAAGAAGUCGAAAGAUUUCGAAAAAUGGCCCGAAGAGGCCAAGAAAAGCGAACCGCGCAAGUGUUUCGUGGUGCUGCACGGGAAUGACUUUAAAUUGCGCACCGUUUCGAUCGUUGCAUUCUCCGAGAAAGAGGCUGAUAUGUGGCUCAAGGGGCUCAAGUAUCUCAUCAGCGAUACCGUCACGGCCCCCUACUGGCUGCAAAUCGAGCGCUGGCUGAGGCGUGAGUUCUAUCUGAUGGAAACCAACGGCACGGCCAGCGUGAAGGACAUUCGGUCGUUUCUGCCGAAGAUAAAUUGCAAAAUUUCCACCGCCAAGCUGAACGAUGUGUUCCACGAAGUGGACACAAGGCGGCGGAACGAGCUCGGGUUUGAUGACUUUACGCGGCUCUACCAACGGUUGAUACUGCCGCCGGCCACCCUGCCCGAGUACUUUGACGGUGUACGGCUGGCUUCGUACACCCAGGACGGCCAAACGGUGACACUGCAAGAGUUUCGCAAAUUUCUGACCAAAGAACAGGACGAACAGGAGGGUGACGCCCCGGACGGUGCUCGCAGCGAGGAGGAGGUAGCCAAAUUUAUCAGCGACUACAUCCAAGACCCGGCACGUGACGUUCGCGAGCCUUAUCUGCGACUGCACGAGUUUAUCGAUUUUCUAUUCUCGCGACAAAACGAAAUUUGGAACAGACGGUGCGAUACCGUGUAUCAGGACAUGACGCGACCCCUCUCGCACUACUGGAUAUCGUCGUCGCACAACACCUACCUGACGGGGGAUCAAUUUUCUAGCGAAUCGUCGGUGGAAGCGUACGCGCGGGCACUGCGUAUGGGAUGCCGGUGCAUUGAGCUGGACUGCUGGGAUGGCCCGGACAAUAUGCCGCUGAUCUUUCACGGCCACACGUUUACGACGCGCAUCAAGUUUCUGGACGUGAUCCGUACGAUCAAGGAGCACGCGUUUGUUACGUCGGACUAUCCGCUCAUUCUGUCGAUCGAGCAAAACUGUUCGCUCACGCAGCAGCGCCGCAUGGCGCAAGCGAUGUGCGAGGUGUUUGGUGAGCUGCUGUUGACGCAACCGAUCGAUAAAACCGAAACGCAGCUUCCAUCGCCCCAGCAGCUGAAGCGCAAGAUCAUUCUAAAACACAAAAAGCUUCCCGAGAACGGAAUGGUGGUGGUCGAUGAGGGCGGAAAAGAGUCGGCCAUUCUGAUGCAACGUGGCGGCGCCGACGACGGUGAACUCGACAUCCGGAACACGGUCAAGAACGGCAUUCUGUACCUGGAGGAUCCGGUCGACAAGGGAUGGAACGCUCACUUUUUCGUGCUGACGCAACACAAACUUUUCUACACCGACAGUCAGCGAACCGAUCGUGACAACGAUGGACGGGACGAGGAACGCGAAGAGAAUGAUUUCGGAAGCCGCACCCGCGACGGUACGGUCGUGUCGAAUGAUGAGCUGCAUUUCGGUGAAAACUGGUUCCACGGCAAGCUGAGCGGUGGCCGUGAGGAGGCCGAAAAACUGUUGCAGCAAUUUUCACACCUUGGCGAUGGAACGUUUCUGGUGCGCGAGAGUGUCACCUUUGUCGGCGAUUACUGUUUGUCGUUCUGGCGCCAGGGCAAACCGAACCACUGUCGAAUCAAGUUGAAACAGGACAAGGGCGUCACGAAGUACUAUCUGAUGGAGAACGUGCUGUUUGACAGUUUGUACAGUCUGAUCAUGUACUACCGACAGAAUGCACUCCGCAGUGCGGAAUUCUACAUUACUCUGAAGGAACCAGUUCCCCAGCCGAACAAGCAUGAGACGAAGGAGUGGUACCAUCAGUCGACCACCCGGGAGCAGUCGGAGAUUGUGCUCAAUCAGGUCCCGCAGGAUGGGGCGUUUUUGGUGCGACCGAGUGAAAAAGGGCCAAAGGCUUUCGUCAUAUCGUUUCGCGCGCACGGAAAGUUUAAACACUGUCGGAUACGUGUCGAAGGCCGCCUGUACGAGAUGGGUGGCAUGGAGUUCGAGAGCUUGGUCGAUUUAGUCAAUUUCUACAUCAAACAUCCGCUGUACCGCAAGGUUACGCUCACCUAUCCGAUUCCGCGCGAAAUGAUCCGACGUAUCAACACGAUGGACGUGCCGGAAGAGAGCGGCGCAUAUGGCUACAUGGAUCCCUCGUCGGUUACGAGCGAGAACGUUACGGUCAAGGCACUCUACGAUUAUAAGGCGCAGCGAGACGACGAGCUGUCGUUCUGCAAACACGCCAUCAUUAGCAACGUCAUGAAGAAGGGCAGCGACUGGUGGGUCGGGGAUUACGGUGGCAAACGGCAACACUACUUUCCGGCGAACUACGUGCAGGAGCUAAGUGCGGCCGACGAUGGUACGCUGGUGGAUGAAGCGGCCAACGAGCCGCUGAUGCUCGGUAGUCUGCAGAAAGGAUCGCUCGAUGUGCACGGCGCGGUUGUCGAGAUGGCGUACAGUAAUCACCCGGAUAUUGCGCGGAUUCUGCGCAUCCAGAACCCGACGAUGCAGAACGUGUUCGAGGUGGGUGUGCAGACGAAGGAACUGGCGUUCGAGUGGAUGAACGCGAUCAAGGAAGCGGCCCAGAACGCGAGCGUGCUGGAGAACGAGCGGCGCAAGAUGGAGCGCAAUUCGCGGGUCGCAAAAGAAAUGUCCGAUCUCAUCAUCUACUGCCGUAGUGUCCCGUUCAAGCAUCACAGCGCCUCGUGGGUGUUUUACGAGAUGUCCAGCUUUCCGGAGACGAAGGCGGAAAAAUAUUUUCUGCAGCCGGAAACCCGCGGGCUGUUCGUGCGGUACCAUCGGCACCACCUGAGCAGGGUGUACCCGAAGGGGCAACGGUUGGACUCGUCCAACUACCACCCGACGGCCUUGUGGAACUGUGGUUCGCAAAUGAUUGCCCUCAACUUCCAGACCCCGGACAAGCCGAUGCAGUUGAAUCAGGCCAAAUUUCGCGACAACGGGGGAUGUGGUUUUCUGCUCAAGCCAGAUUUUAUGUUCCGCGACGAGUUCGAUCCGUCGGACCCGAACACGCUGGUCGGGGUCGGUGAGGUGAUCGUGAACGUGCGCAUCAUCGGAGGGCGCAAUUUGUGCAAAGUGAGCCGUAACAUCACGAGUCCGCUGGUGGAAGUGGAAGUACUGGGUGCGUCCUUUGACGGUGGCAUGAAGCACCGUACACGGGCCAUAGCGGACAACGGGUUGAAUCCCAUCUGGAACGAGAUCUGCGAGUUUCGCAUAGCGAACCCACACUUUGCGAUGAUACGCUUCGAAGUGCAGGACGAGGACAUGUUCGGGGAGCCGAUCUUUAUCGGCCAGGCCGUCUUUCCGCUCGGCGCCAUCCGGACCGGCUACCGGAGUGUACCGUUGCGCAACAAGUACAGUGAGGAGCUCGAGCUGGCCACACUCCUGGUGCACACCAGCAUAAGACCGCCCCAGACGGAGCUCUAGCGGCGAGCGGUGGUGGUGGUGCGGUCUUUAGGGCAAUCGAAUAACGGGACAGUGCAACAAGCUCCCUACUAUUGUGUCUCUCUUUCCCCCCUUCUCCCCAAAAUGGCAUCGGAGUGUCUUGGAAGAUAACGUUGUUUUUGUUGUUUGUAACCCUACGAAGCAGUAUUUAUCGAAAUUGGACGCAAUCGGUUUUUGAAGUAGAUUUUAUAUGUACAAUACGCGCAACGCGUAACCAUCUAAUGUGCCUCCUACAUAUUAUGUAUUGCUAUAUACACGUAUACAUAUUUACACGAUUUACACAGCACAUCGCGUCCCACGGCGAACUUGGGAUACGGAUUGAUGGGAACUCACGGAAAAACACGCACGGGAACGUGGGGGUUGCAAUGGAUCCCGGGCGUUCCCGGGAACACGCGCACACACAGCAAUGUCGCACAAUCCGUGUUCCGAGGGUAAUGGGUUGAACCACACUUCCAUUUUACGGUGUAAGGUGUGAGCGUGUUGAUCGAGUUUUUUAUGAGCCAUAACUAGACGGAAAAAGCUGGACA